AGUAUCGAACAUCCAUAAGCAGUAUGGACUGGCGUGGCUAGUACAGUACCACAAGUAAACUGUCCUUGAAAAAAAUGAGUGAAACAUGAUGUCCUGCCAGAUAUGAUUUAUCAUCGACAUAUUAAGUGGCUUUGACAAGAGAAUUCAUUUGUUGGAAGCGGAGAAGAUUCCAUUUCAGGCCAAGUGAGACACCGAAGCCAUAUCACUGCUCCAGGGCAGCGCAAACUAGCAAAACAUACGGCAGUGAUAAACUUUGCCAUUCAGGAACUUCACUGAUCUCAUCCAGGUUAAAUUCAUAAAUAACCAACAAUAAAAAGAAGCUCAAGCAUUAGAAGGUUCCGCUUCGUUUGCUAAAGCUUUUCAGCUUCAGCUACCAAGGCGAGACUGUCUCAUUCAGAGCAUAGCCUUUAUUUAUGUUUCUGAUAGAAACUUCCAACCUCUGUUUCCCCUUUCAAGCUAGGUAUUAUUAUAAGUAGUUGAGAGUAGAAAUACUACUUGCUGCAAUUGGUUGGUUGUUAAGAUCACUUAAUACCCCACAUUGUAGUUAACUACUUAGCUUUAUUGGAUUGUAUUUUCUCUCCUCUCAUCAGUUGUCGUCUGUCUUAGCUGCAUUUCAUUGUUCUUAACAAGCUACGCUCCUAAAGUUUUCAUCACUCUUCUUCUUCUUAAUAUAUUGAAAUAGAUGGAUGUUCAUUUGAACAUUAACUUAUUAUACAUCCUGUUAGGUUUAUCUGCAGUUGCAUAUCUAGUAAUACACAAGUUCAGUAACUCAAGCGGUAACACUCGAUUACCGCCAGGUAGUUUAGGAUGGCCAAUUGUAGGCGAGACAUUGGAAUUUCAACGUUUAGGUCAAUGUGGAAAGUCUGACGAAUUCCCGGUGCAAAGAAUGAAUAAAUACAAUCGGGAAAUCUUCAAAACACACUUAUUUGGGGAGAAAACAAUCACCUUGUGUGGAGCUACUGGUAAUAAGUUCUUAUUUACUGGCGAGAAAACUUAUGUACUUACAUGGUGGCCUAACUCUCUGAAGAAAUUGUUCGGUGAUUCAUUUUUCACCACGCCUUAUGAAGAAGCAGUAAGAACAGGUAAAGUUGUUUCCAGUUUCUUACAGCAAGAAGUAAUGAAUCAAUUGGUAGAACGAUUUGAUAGAACUUGCAAGAAUUGUCUUCAAAAAGAUUGGAGAGCAAGAAAUCAGGUAUUAGCAUUUCCACUGAUUAAAGCUUAUGCAUUUUCAGUUGCUUGUGACAUGUUUGCAAGCAUGGAUGAUCCGAAUUGGCAAAAGAUGAUCUUAGACGAAUUCAAUAUUUUGCUCAAAGGUGUGUUUCAGUUCCCUAUAUAUUUCCCGGGUACAAGACACUAUAAGGCCGUAAAAGCAGCAGCUGUGAUCCGCCGAGAACUAAUGAAACUGAUUCAAAGUAGGAGAGGAUUGAUGGUGGAUUUGGAUAGGAGAGUAGAAAGAAAUCUGAUUUCUCAUCUGAUGGGGACCAAGAAUGAAGAUGGGGAGUUACUGAGUGAUAAAGAAAUAGCAGAUAAUGUUAUCCUACUCAUGAAUGCUGGCCAUGAUACAAGCAGUUCAACAAUGAUGAUGUUGAUGAAAUAUUUAGCUGAAUCGCCUGAUUGCUACAACAGAGUUUUAAAAGAGCAAAGAGAAAUUGCUUCAAGGAAGAGUCCAGGGGAGUUAUUGAACAAAGACGAUAUCUCAAAAAUGAAAUAUUCAUGGGGCGUCAUACAAGAAGUCCUCCGAAUGUCACCACCUGUACAAGGAACUUUUAGGAAGGCCAAAGUUGACUUCACCUACAGCGGAUUUUCCAUCCCCAAGGGCUGGGCGGUAUGGUGGACAACAAGUACUACACACAAGUCUGAAGAGUAUUUUCCAAAUGCAGAAACAUUUGAUCCACUAAGGUUUGCAAGAGAUAAUAUAACUCCAUAUAGUUUUGUUCCAUUUGGAGGAGGUCCAAGAAUGUGCCCUGGAAGAGAAUUUGCAAAGGUUGAAAUUCUGGUUUUUCUACACAAUUUGGUGAAUAUGUUUAAGUGGGAACUCGUAUUCCCAGACGAUGUCAUUAGUGUCGACCCAAUGCCUACCUCUUCCAAAGGUCUCCCAGUUUACCUCUACUCACACCCUUAUUUAUGAUCGAUGCACCGCUGGUUUAGUACUAUUUCUACUAAAACA